CAAAGUCUUAUGAGUCAUCCUGUAGGUUCAGAGCACUCAGGGCUUGUUCUUCAGCUUCCAAAGCGUUUGUGUUUGAUCGCCCUGAAAUAGAAGGAAAUCAGAACGGGUUAGCGACAUCAUACAUGGUGAUUUUGACUCCGUUACACGUCAGGUCUCCGAAACUCGUGACUAGCUGUUUUUAGGUUAUUGUUAUAUUUUCCUUUGUGCAUGUGGAAAAAUCACCUAUCAGUUUACUUAAUUUUUUAUAAUUUCGCUUAUGUAACCUAUACCAUGAAAACUUUCUACCCCUGGAAAAUCAUACUUUUAGAAGAUAUUUGGUGUCAAUAAAUCUAGAACAGCCACGAUUAAUAUAAAAUCCACUGCUGAAUAUCACAUUGCAUCUAAGGGAAUAUAAUUUGAAGUUUGUCUGGGGAAUAAACUACCUUACUCUCAACCCAUCCGAUAUUUUUUCAUUGGUUUUCAUUGUCUUCAUAAUAUAAGGAAAAACUGAAAAUGGAAUCAAUGAAUUUCUUCCCAGCACCCUUUUCACUAGGUACAAGUGAUAUGACGGUUGCAGAUGUUUUGCCAGCAUAUGUUGACGUAUGUGCUCAGAAUAUUGAAAAAUCCAUUGUGAGCUGUCAAAUCGGUAAUGUGCUUUAUAGUAGCAAGUUAAAAUCUCCUUUAAGGGAUUCUAAUUAUGCUACUAUAAUUUACAACAAACGAACAAAAGGUGUUGAAGUCAUUCAUAAAAAACCGGAAUUCCUUGAGCCUUGUUUCGAUGAUGAUGUAAUUGAAGUCCCCAAUACAUUGAAAGCUGAUAGAGCUGCUCUUAUCAAUGCUUUUGGUUCUGUCAAAAAGCAACGUGCUCUACGUGAAAUGGAAAGAAAUAAAACUCAGAAGAACUCAGUGACUAAUGCUCAGGUGAUUGAUCGAGCUAUGCAUGGUCAAACCAAAUUAAAAAAUGAGAAUGAAACUAAGAUGAAUGAUCCUGACAAUGAAGUGGAUUCUGCUAACAAUCAAAAUGAUGAACGUUUCCGCCUUCUCCCGCCAAUAGUUCUAACAGCUUCUUCUCCUGAGGAUGUUUAUCCAUAUGAUAAAUUAGUUCCUCUUAGAAUUGUGGAAGCUUUAAAUUCGGAGGUACAACAUAUUUUAUCGCUUGAUGCCAGUUCAACUGAUACUCUGAUAAAUAAAAGUAUCUAUCCACAGUGGAUAAGGGAUAAGCUGUAUAACUUGUGUACAACGAAGUCUGACGGUCAGGUAAAACAUGCUACCAGUUUGGUGUUUCUCAGUCAUAUGUUUGCUUUAUUUCAUUUACCUAACCGAGACCUGAUGCGCAAAGUUCCACUACCAGAUACACCUAAUACUGUUAGCAAAUAUCUUCUUACACAGUUUACCGCAUCAGUUAGUCGACAAGGUAUGGGACGUCUAAAAGUACGUGCUAUGUCCCCAAUGCUUCGUGAUAAAUUGAUUACUCAUAUGUUAGUCUUGAUACUUCAUUGUGAAAAAUUCAAGACAACAAUUGAUAGUUUAACUGUUGACUUUAAAAUUGGACGUGAAAGAUUGACUCAAUUUUUCCAAUAUUUGGGAUGUAAAUGCUCAAAAGUUGAAAAUGCUCAAAAUAAAUCUGAAAUGAACAUGAUAGCUGAACUGGUGACACCUGUAAAAUUACCGGAUCUGAAGUCAAAUCGAGCACUACAUUGAUUUUAGUAAAACAAUUGUUGAUUGUAUAUAAAAUUUGUUCUAUUGUUAAAUAUUUACUCAUUUUCUUGACCUAAACGAAUUCAACUGUAAUUCAGUAUGUAUAAUGUGGAUCUUUAAAUAUUAAGAAUGUGAAAAAUAAACCCACUGAAUCGAUC